GUGUCCUAGGGUGCGGGAGUGUUGUGUACGAGAGGGUCUACAACCCCACAUGGAUCCCCAUACACUCCUCGUCACAACCAUAACAGGGAUCCUGAUCUCCCUCGCCGCCGGAGACCUCAGCCACCUGAGAGGUCCAAGUUUCCUAAUGGAGCCUCCAACCAAGCUGGAGUUCAGCAACAGCAGCGGAGGUUGGUUGGAUUGCUCGGCUAGUGGCAGCCCUCCUCCAGCCCUGGAUUGGCUGUCAGUAGAUGGCAACAGCGUGUCUGACGUGCCUGGAGUACGACGAGUGCUGAGGAACGGGACUUUGGUGCUGCUGCCCUUCAGUGCUGAGGCGUACCGGCAGGACAUCCACAACACUGUGUACCGCUGCGUCGCGCAGAACGCUGUUGGGAGGAUAGUCAGCAGGGAUGUACAAGUUAGAGCAGUUGUAGCCCAGGCAUAUAAGGUAGCAGUUGAAGUCCUAGGGGCUGCCAGGGGGUGUACAGCUGUGCUACAGUGUGUGGUGGAUCGCUCAGUCAGAGACAUGGUCAAAGUUGUGUCUUGGGUACAAGAGCCUGGCUUCUUCAUCUACCCUUCUCUACAGGGAGAUGGCAAAUUCCACGUUCUACCAUCAGGAGAGCUGUUGGUAAACAAUGUGGAGUUCAGUGAUCAGUUCCCCGCCUACAGAUGUCGUACAAGACACAGACUGACUCGUCAAGUGGAGGUCAGCUCGCCAGCAAACGUCAGAAUACAGGAGCACCGAGGUAUUGUGACGCCAGUGAUGGUGGAACAUUCUCCCACAGUACAAGUGGCGCACGACGAAGGGGCCGUGUUGUUGUGUUUGGCCCAGGGAUGUCCUUCGCCUGAUUAUAGGUGGUACCACGUCCAGCCGGGGUACGACGCAGUGGCAGUAGUGGCCGGUACCAGGGCCAGGAUGUUAGGGCCAGUGUUGGCUAUAGAGGCGGUAACAGACGAGGAUGCUGGGAUAUAUAGGUGUUCUGCCACUAACGCUGGUGGGGAGGCCAGUGCUGAGCUUAGGCUUGUGGUCACCAACACACUGCAUGUCGAGGUGUCCCCAACAGUGCUGUCAGUUCACCUGGGAGGCACAGGAGAGUUCCGCUGCGUGGUUUCUCCGCCAGGCACCUACCUCAUGACAUGGUUCAAGGAUGGCCGCGUGCUUCCGGGGAUGUCCAGCGGGGACGCUCUGGUACUGACCGGUAUCACCAGGGAGGACCAGGGGAUGUACCAGUGCAUGGUGAGGAGGGCGGAGGGUGAGACGGCGCAGGGAGCAGCAGAGUUGCAGCUGGGAGACGCGGCUCCAGUGUUAUCAUACACCUUCAUAGAGCAAACUCUCCAACCCGGACCUGCAGUGUCUCUCAAGUGUAGUGCCCAGGGCAACCCCACUCCUCAAAUCACCUGGGCACUGGAUGGCUUCAGCCUUCCUAACAACGUCAGGUUUAUGAUUGGCCAAUACCUCACGAUCCACGGUGACGUCAUCAGUCACGUGAACAUCUCCAAUGUAGCGGUGGAGGACGGUGGAGAGUACUCUUGUACUGCGGAGAACAGAGCUGGCAAAGUCACUCAUUCAGCGAGGCUCAACGUAUACGGUUUGCCAUACAUUCGUCUUAUCCCCAAAGUAACAGCUGUAUCUGGUGAGACGUUCCAACUCAAAUGUCCAGUGGCUGGUUAUCCAAUAGAGGAGAUUCAUUGGGAACGAAGCGGGAGGGAGCUUCCAGAUGACCUGAGGCAGAAGGUGAUUGGCGGGACUUUGCUGAUAAGUCCAGUGCAGAAAUCAGCUGACGCCGGGGUCUACACUUGUUGGGCCAGGAACAAGCAGGGACAAAGCGCGCGAAGGAGCGGUGAGGUAGCAGUGAUCGUUCCUCCCGUAAUUGAACCCUUUUCGUUCCCCGGGGACGGGCUCCCCGAGGGGGCGAGGACCCGCAUGGUGUGUGGCGUGAGCAGAGGUGAUCCUCCCCUACACAUCGGGUGGCUCAAGGACGGAGCUAAGUUGCCUCCCCACCUGGGAGUAAACGUCUCUACCCUUGACCCCUAUUCUAGCCUCCUCAGCAUCCCUAGUUUGACAGAGGCCCACUCUGGUGAAUACACGUGUGUAGCCUCCAACCCGGCCGCUCGAGUGAGGUACACGAGUCGUCUUCAGGUCAAAGUUCCUCCUCGCUGGUUGGUCGAGCCUAAUGACGUCAGCGUUGAGCGCAACCGUCACGUGAUCAUCAACUGCCAAGCCCAGGGCGUGCCCCAGCCUGUUGUAGUUUGGAAGAAGGCCACUGGAAGCAAGUCAGGAGAGUACGAAGAAAUUAGAGAGAGAGUCUACCAGAGAAUCCUUUCAAACGGAUCUCUUCUACUUCAGAACGUCAAAGAGGACAAGGAAGGAUUUUAUCUUUGUCAAGCUACCAACGGGAUAGGCAAUGGCAUAGGCAAAGUGGUCAACCUCAAAGUUAACUCAUCCCCCUACUUCUCCGCCCCAUCACGGGUGGUGACAGUCAAGAAGGGAGACACGGCUACUUUGAUGUGUAACGUCAAUGGUGACACCCCCAUCAAUGUACGAUGGCUCAAGGGGGGUAAAGGGGUUCAACUCUCACCGGCGUCAAAUUAUAGGCUACAAAUAAAGCAAGACAACACUCCUGAUGGUGUGGCAGCAGAACUACAGAUAUCUUCAACGGAGGCCAGUGAUAGCGGCGCUUACUUCUGUCAAGCGACCAAUCUCUAUGGCAAAGAUCAACAACUUGUUCAACUACUAGUGCAAGAGCCUCCAGAAAGCCCUUCUGACUUGAAAACAGUGAUGGUUAGCAGCAGAACUGCCAAUAUUCAAUGGCAUCACCAGUCCGGAGAGGUGACAAAGUUCAUCGUACAGUACAAGGAGGCAGACGCUUCCUACCAACAACUCGAGUUGAGUGGUCAACUGCGCGGAGCCUUGCUGGAGAACCUCAAGCCUGCCACAAGGUACACCGUCAACGUACAGGCUGAAGGUCCAGCGGGGCGGAGCCGGCCCAGCCAGCCGCUACACUUCCGCACCGAGCCCCAGCGGCCGGCCGGACCACCCCUUAGUGUCAGCGUACGGCCGGUCUCCUCUACUCAGCUGCUAGUCACGUGGGCUCCGCCCCUACCUGAACUGAGGCAUGGAGACGUCCAGGGAUAUUAUGUGGGCUUCAGAGAAAUCAGCUCCCCCAACGGGAACUACAAUAUGACAGCAGUUAGUGGAGUCAGUGAUGAGGGUGGUGGUGAACUGAUACUCUCGGGGCUGCUCAAGUACACCAGGUACGCCGUCGUGGUCCAAGCCUUCAACCAGGUCGGUCAGGGACCUCUGUCGGAACCCGUCUCCGCCCAGACGAUGGAGGAUGUGCCCAGCGCUCCACCAGAGGAUGUAAGAUGCGCUGCUCUCAGUUCCCAGAGUAUUCAAAUCAGCUGGCAUCAACCUCCACACCAGCACACCAACGGCAUGGUCUUGGGGUACAGGCUCUUCUAUGACACACAUGAUCAAGUACUCGACAUGGGGGUUGACUCCAGAAAGACCACUGCACUAACAAUUGUACUGACGGGUCUGCAGAAGUUCACUAACUACAGUGUGCAAGUACUAGCAUUCACCAGAGUUGGGGACGGAGUGCCUUCCAGACCCAUCUACUGCCAGACCGAGGAAGACGCCCCAGGAUCCCCAGCUGAUAUCAAAGUAGCUGUCAGUUCCUUAACAUCCCUGGUUGUAUCAUGGUUACCUCCUAAUGAUCCUAACGGCCUUAUCACCAAGUACAACCUUUAUACUAGAGUGGUUGAUGGAAGAGAAGAACUUAACCAUGGAAAGAGGUCCCUACCCAGUCAACACACGAGCUAUGAGGCUAAACAACUUCAACAACACGUAGAAUACCAGUUCUGGGUAACCGCUUCUACUAGGGUGGGCGAAGGUCAAAGUUCUCGAGUUGUUGCUCACAUGCCCACGAGUAGAGUUCCCGCCAAAAUAACCUCGUUUGGCGGGCUGGUGCUGCGCCCCUGGAGGAGUUCCGUCUCCCUCCCCUGUCACCUGGUGGGAACUCCUCUGCCACGACGUGAGUGGCUACGAGACGACCGUCCCCUCCAGGCUGCGGGUCACAGCCAUAACACACAGCUGAUGGAGUCUGGGGAGUUGGUGGUGUCAGGGCUGCAGAGAUCUGACAGUGACAACUAUACAUGUAGAGUGGAGAACAACUUGGGCUCUGACAGUAUACACUACACUCUGGUGGUGCAAGUGCCUCCCAGUGCUCCAGUGUUGUACGUCACCAGUGCCACUAGCGCCAGUAUCCUGCUCCAUUGGAAGGCCGGUGACAACGGCAACGCCGCAAUCACGGCAUAUACCCUCAACUACCGCAGAGCACACGGUGACUUGCAGGAGCUGUCGCUGUCAAGGAGGACUACGGGGUAUGAGCUUAAGGGUCUCUUGUGUGGCAGCACAUACCACAUCUACUUGUCUGUUCACAACCAUCUCGGAAGUUCACCUCCAAGCCCUACUUUAUCUGUCAGGACCCAGGGACAGUACCCGGGGACUCCGCCCGCCUCUACCUUCCUCACCCCGAACUCCACCUCCGUCAUGCUGCGCCUCCACGUCUGGCCGGACAACGGGUGUCCUCUGUUGUAUUUCGUGGUCCGCUACAGACAAGCCAACGGCCCGGAGUGGAUACUGGUUUCAAACAAUCUGAAACCUCAGAGACGGUACACCAUGACUGGUCUGCUGCCUUCUACAGAAUACCUUCUGCAAGUAGAAGCACACAACAUCGCUGGCUCGUCCACUGGUGACUACACGUUCUACACGCUCACUAAAGAUGGAGAACUUCCUCCACCAGAACUAAUACGUAGAGGGCAGCUGUCUAAGCCGUUCUACACGGACUUCCGCGUUCUUCUCCCGCUGCUGGUAGCUACCCUAGGACUGCUGGCAGUCGCCGCUGCCUUCUUACUGUGCAGAAAAACAAGACGAGAGAGGCCAGUAAAGGAGACUUUAGACAACCAGCAGAACGCUGAAGCUCAGAGAGAGCGAUACUACGCCACCAUACAUAAGGUGGCACUUCAGGCGAACUCGGACAAAAUACCAGAGACCUCAGAGGACAUAUCUCCGUACGCCACGUUCCAGCUGGCCGACCCCAACAACACCCUGCUUCACAGCUUCAUGUAUCACGAGCAAGCUAUGACUGAGGGUUGUGCCUCCCCCCCUCCACCAGGGGUAGGUCCACGACACUUCUCUAGCUCCAAGGUGCGACGCGCCCGAAGACGCAGCAGCCGUAAGACUGACGCAGAAACUGACGAGUCAGACAGCGAAGCAGAUCAGCUGACUAGCAGCCGGACUGAGAGCUCCAAUCAGCUGGACGCUGCUAAGCAGCGGCAAAGCCAGUACUUCAUCUAUCAUGGAGCACAGUCAAGCACAUCUUCAGAUAUUUCACCAAUGUCUGAACAGAAGUCUCUACCAAGGAGGGGAGGACGAUCAAGAUGGCUGUCACCCGGCAAGUCGGCCAUGAGGACUUCGCUGUCCAUAGCAGAAACGUCGUUUAGAGGCGCUCCGACACAGAGUUCAGAGCUGAGUGAAGCGGAGUGUGACAUUGACACUAUCAAGAAACUCAAACUCGGACUGCGAUCUAGUUUGUGGUCAAGACCAACCAACCACAACCAAGCGUCAGACUACUCUAUAGCCGUCUAGCCAGACCGACGGGCCCUUCAGUCCAUAAAUGAAGUGAUUUGAGCAUCUAGUGUUGGUUUGGGGUAUGAAUUGAAACCAUCUAACGUUUGUUCAAGACCUCCCAACAACUAAAAAUCAAACGUCUUUUAUUCAUAAAGCUAUAUCGUUGGGCCUGUCUGCAAGCAAAUUGAAGUUAUUGUCUACUUUUGAAAGGAGGAGUGAAAUUUAUCGGGAACACCAAAAAAGGCAUCAGACUACACGUCAAACCAGACCGUAGGGCCUUCUGUGUGUAUUUGAAGUGAUCCAAACCUGUAGCGUUGAUUAGUAAGAGAAACCAUCUUGAAGGACUUGUUUUUGGUAUUUACCAACCAAAUAUCAGACCAAUCUACUACAACCAUCUAGUCAGACUACCAACAUUUUUAGUCAGGAAUUGGAGUGAUCAGCGUCUGUAGACAUAAAAGAGUGGAAAGGGGUAGAAGAAAUAUCUAUCCUAGAGACAACAACGGCUUUACUUAUACCACUUCAUGUGUUGUGGAUGUUUUAUGUUUCGAACUCUUCGGACUAUUAGUGAAAAGGGUAAAACAGGAGUAGAGACUAAGGGUAAAAGUGAGGAUUUAGUUUUAUGUGAGUUAUCCUAUUCUACAGAACUGCCUAAGCCACAAACGACGCAUUUAUCGGUUGUUUAAUGUCAGACUAACAUCAGACGAGUGUAUAGGUGUGACUAACCUGAGAUGUGGUCAAAAAUAUAAACUCUAACAUAAUUUUGAAUUAUAAAAACAAUUAGACAUUAAAAAAAUAUAUGAACUAUAAUUUGAGUUGAAACAGACUUGUUCUUUUUCAACAAGAAGUGAUCUGAGGGACAUUCUCAUUAAACAUUUAUUACUACUUAAACAUAUCUGGAUACUAUUAAAUUAAAUGUUAAUGUUAAAUGUAAAAACAUGACUGUGAUGUAUGUUUAAACCCGUGUUUUCUUUAUUUUCUUUCUGUUCACGUUUUAUCUGCUGAUUUUACAUGCUUUUAGUUUGGUGGAAAUGUUAACAUUAUUUUCAUAACAGGUAUAAAAAUCAUGUUAAGUUUACAAAACAAAGUGUACUGGAGACAAAAUGCUAUUUCCUUCUUUCAUUUUAAUAAAUUUAGACUACAUGUCAGAAAUAAUAUUGUUUCAACUAUUCACGGCAACAUGGUAAAAAUUUGCUCAAUUAAUUGAGUAUUAUAAAUGUGUUCAAAGUGUAAAUAUGUACAUACGAAUAAAAAUCACUUGUAAAUCAUUCUUGAUAUUGCAUUUUAUAUGUAACAUACUGUGGAGAUUGUAUAACACUAAUGUAUAGUUUGGUUGUCUUUGAGAUUUUUUACGAUAUUACUUAGAAAUAAGAAGGAAAGUGAGUGAAGACUGCAAUGAACAGUGAGUGACCUUAAACUUUAGGGGUGGAUGAUUAUUUUGGAGAAUUAUCUAGUAUCCAUUUUUUUCCUUUUAUUCGAAUGUCAUAAUACAUUUUAAGAACUUUUGAUCUUUAGUUCCCACUUUAUAUUACUAGUAAAUUAUUGUGGUAUCACAAUAUUUGAAUUAUUUGUAGAGUAAAAGAAAGAUUGCCACCAAAAGGUACGAAUGUAUUUUAUAUUUUUUAUUAAAAAAACAAAUAUCAAAUAG